AUGGCUGAUGAUGAUUCAAUGAGUGAUGAUGAACAACUUGAUAUUCCAAACAAGACAAAACAUAUUGCAUCGAUUCGAUUAGGUCAAGUUGAUAUUGAUUGUUGGUUCCAUUCACCAUAUGUUGAUGUAGAAGAUGGUUCAAAUGAUACCGAUCGACCUAUUGAUAAAUUAUUUAUUUGUGAAUAUUGUUUACGAUAUUUUCUAAAUAAUCGAAAAUAUCGACAACAUACGAACGAAUGUACUCGUCGACAUCCACCUGGUCGUAAAAUCUAUGAGCAUCCUGAUGGUCUAUCUGUAUAUGAAGUUGAUGGAACAGCAUCACAACUCUAUUGUCAAUGUCUUUGCUUAUUAGCAAAAUUAUUUCUUGAGCGAAAAACAAUUUAUUUUGAUGUGGAUCCAUUUCUUUUCUAUGUUCUUGUUGAAUCAGAUCCGCGUGUAAAAACUGUUCAACACAUCGUCGGCUACUUUUCAAAAGAGAAACUCAGCGAUGAGUUUUAUAACUUAGCAUGUUUAAUGGUUCUACCACAUCGUCAACGACAAGGUUUUGGCCGAUUUCUAAUUGCAUUAAGCUAUGAAUUAACUAAAUUGGAAAAGAAAACAGGCUCACCUGAAAAACCACUAUCAACACUCGGUCAAAUGACAUAUAAAAGCUAUUGGCAUUCCACAAUCUUAUCAAAACUUGAAGAAUAUCGUCCUUUGCAAAUGCAUGUUACUGUAACACAGCUCAGUGUGGAUACUGGCAUAUGUGUCGAAGAUGUUAUUCAAACGCUAAUUGAUCUCCGUUUGGCUCACACAGGAAAAUCAAUAAGUGAGACUAAUUUUAAACAACAUGAAGUACGCAAUCGUCGCCGCCAUCAAAAUCAAUCUGACGAUAAUAAUAACAACAACAAUCUAGAUUCAUCAUCUCUAUUAAUCAUUGAUACUGAUGCAUUGCGUACAGCUCUAUGCCGUCUAUCAACGAAUAAUGCAGCAUCAAAGCAGAAUCAAAAUAUUUUUGACCCUGCAUAUUUACGUUUGCUCAGUCGACGAUGA